UUGACCCUCCCCAGCCUAUUCAGUCCUCCAAGGUUGGUAUGGACAUUGACCCUGCCCAGCCUAUUCAGUCCUCCAAGGUUGGUAUGGACAUUGACCCUGCCCAGCCUAUUCAGUCCUCCAAGGUUGGUAUGAACAUUGACCCUCCCCAGCCUAUUCAGUCCUCCAAGGUUGGUAUUUGUUGUCGGCAGAGAAUGUUUUCCAGGUUACAUUUUUGGAUGACCACUAGGACCUCAGCUGCAAUUUCCUCUGCUGUUUCUCCAUUCAAUUCAACAAAAUCAAGCAGUUUUGUUUCCACAGAUGUGCUGCCACCAUAUAUCUUACAAUAUCUGACUACUACUGGCAGCAGCUUUACAUGUCCAUGAUUGGACACAUCAAUGGACAGGGACACAAAUUCAACCUCGUCUAGGUCCUGUGUUACCAAAGAAGUUGCCCAUGUUGCUAACACGUUACUCACUAUGGCAUCACAUUUUGUCCUAGCAAAUGUACACUUUGGCUCAUAAAGCUUCCGUGUCAGUUGUGCUGUGCAGUCCAUAGAUCUGUAACUAUGAUUGUGUCACAUAGUGUGGUAUACAGACACCCUCCUGCACAGCUAAACCAUAUUCUUCUUGGGAAGGCUCUACCUUCUUGAAGAAUGUGGUGACAGAGGGCAAACCAACACGGCCAAUCAGAGAGGCUUUAUGCUUUUUCGUCUGUUGAUGUUCUACCACUGCCAAUUGAAAAAGAGGAACUACGAAGGGUGCAGUGAACCAUUCUAUCGUCUUGACCUGGGCGUAUAAAUGGAAAUUCUCUCAUCAUGUUUUUUUUAUUUAAAUAAAAAGUGCAUUUUCUCUGUCUGUUCUUCACUCUCCUUGUGUCACUCUUCUUACUCUCUUAACUUGUUCUUCUCCUCCAAUCUUUCUCCUCCUCUUUUCUUCACUCGUCUUCCUGUCCUCUCUUCACCUUUCCACCUCACUCCUCUACACUCUCCUUGCUUCACUCUUUUUACUCCCUUAAUUAUCCCUUCUCCUUCCUCUCCAAUCUGUAUUGAUAAAUAGCAUAAUAUUAGAUAAAAUACUUUGGUUAACAGAUUUGAAUUGCUUGCCUCAUUUUUGUAUUUUAUCUCAAAAACAUUGUUUGGAAUAAUAAAUUGGCAGGCUCUGUAAUCAUAUAUUUACCUUUCCUCCUCUAUCUCACUCUUCUUCCUAUCCAGUCUUCCUCCUCUCCACUCCUAAUGUUAUCCAUGAACAUUUCUAAAUAUAUUUUCACACUACUUAUAAUGCCAAACCAUUAAAAUUGUAAUCUACAAAAAUAUUCUCAGAAUUCAUUGUGCAUUCAUUUAAUAUAAUAAUAUUUUCAAAAUAGCCCGUCCACUACAUGUUUACAUGUGAACGUUUUUGAACCUAGCUACCAUAACAGUAGCUAGCUAACUUAGUCUACAUAGCUAACGUUACCUAUUUAAAACCUUUAUAGAGCAGAUCAUCUAUCUAUUUAAUAAAUUGUGACAUUAUAACAUCACUAGCUAGUAUCUCAAACGAUACCUGGCUUGAAAAGACAUUUGUGGUGAUGUUGUGGAUUGACUUGACACUGACUAGCUUCUGGCUGAGUUUUCCACAGCAGUUUUCUCUAAAACUUUCGCGAGCAAGAAGUUAGUAGAAGAAGAAGAGUGAAUGAAGCUGCUAUAGCGAGCAGCUCCCUCUGCUGGACAAAACAAGCACAACGCGAUUGAGACGUCAACCGGUAGGCUCUGCUGCCCGGUCUUUCUUGCCAAGUAAAAUAUUUCACUUUGCGGUCUGUUUUUAACGCACCGUUAAAAACAGGGACAUUUCCGGGGACAGCUCCAGCCGGGGAUAAUGUACACGUAAAUGCGUUAUUAAGAAAGAAAAUCGUGGAAUACAAUAAAUUAUGCAAGUAAACAUUUCCAUGGUGUGUGUAUGUAUAUACCAUGUGUAUCCUGUACGUACGACAAAGAAACUUGAAACUAUUUUAAAGAGGAAUCUCUCAUCUGCAUGUUAUAUCGGGUGAUAUGGCAAUACCCUUUGGCCUCUGGAGUUCCUUGUAGACCACAGUGACAUGCAACAUUUCAGUACAACGAUUUAGGGAAAGAACUGCCUAGGCAACUGUAGCUGUGUGCUGCGAUGAAUACGUUGAAAUGCAUAGUGGUAUCCAUUGUUUUAAAGCCGAUUGAGUUUAUUUAGGCGGCCUAUAUAUAUAUAUAAAUAUAUCAACCAUUUCGCGCACUCGUUCUUUAUUAGUCAUUAACAAAUGACACUAUAGAUAGAGGCUAUGAUCUUGCCACGAAGGGGAGGGGCUCUUGCCUCUGGUGUUUCUGCCUGAUCUGGAGGAGAAAUAUCCGUCCCCCAACAACACAGCAAGUCUACCGAAAAUACGGACCGACAGACUGCGGCGGGCUGACGGUGACGCACAUGGAGAUCAUUUUUACAUUUUUUAAAUCAAUUGGACAGAGAGAGACAGAUGAACGUGUUUUCUCUUUUAUUUCAAAUAGUCUACUGCGCCAGACUGAUAGUCCAAACAGCUGAUUUACCACUUCAUGAGAGCGAGAUGUUCGUGUUGUAGCCUGAAAUACUGUCAGUGGGCUCAAUAAGAAAAUCCUUGAAGGUAUGUAGCUAGGCUAAAUCUCAUAUAUUUUAGGAAAAAAUACACUGCGUUUCAGUGAACAAAAAUCCGUGAAAUGGAAACGUGCUUGAUAUUGGCACAUCUUCUCCUCAUUCAGAUGUGUUGAUGUAGAAUAUCAAUGCUUAUGACUGCAGCCGAGUCAGUCAAUAGCCUAUUCGUGUUUUCAUGUAGGUUUAAUAAGUAUAUAUAUUUUUUAACAUGAAUGUUUGACAGAAGUUUACCUCUUAAAGGUAACAAUUUUCAUCACCAUGGACAGCGCACGCUCGUCAGUUGUGGCAUUGAGAGAUGUCACCAAACACGUUUUGGAAAGACAAAAAUGUACAUUAUGUAAUAUUUGGGCAAUCUGAACAUAUGGAAUUGUGAAUCUAUAUUCUGUCCGUUUUUUUCCAAAAUAUUAUUUUGACUGUGUGGACUUGAAUGAAUGACGUUCUGCCUGUUUACCCGCUGGGCAGUGGACUUUUCAACACCUCAGGGAAAAUCCAUUCUAAUGUCUCACUUUCCAAAUCAAAAUCAAUCUUGACAUCAUUGCACAUACUAGUGAAUAAUAAGUGGGGCAAGUAUUCACUUCUGACGGACAUUCAGCCUAUUCACCGGCUUGCUAUUCACUGGUUCUUAAAGAUGUCAUUUAAAGUUAAAUACACUCUUGGGGUGAACUAAAAUGGAUGUUGGGAGUUGGGUUCCUACCGCAGGAGAUGGGACCGCGAAUUUCACCCCGGCCAACCUCCUGCUGGAUUCCCAUAAUGGGACCGGUCCGACACCGGGGGAUAACGGUCUGUCCAACAACAGCCAGCAGCACUACAUCACAGAUCAAGCCUACCGGGACUUCACCACAACCAUCCAGGUGUUCAUCCUCAUAGGAUCCCUGUUGGGCAAUGGUACUGUUUUAUGGUGUACCUGCUGUACCAGUGUCUUCAAGUCGGUGACCAGUCGCUUCAUUAAGAACCUGGCGUGCUCAGGGAUCUGUGCGGGUCUGGUGUGUGUUCCCUUUGACGUGGCUCUAGGGGCCAGCCCUCGCUGCUGCUGGUGGCUACACACUCUGCUGCUCUGCAAGGCCCUGAAGUUCCUCCACAAACUCUUCUGUUCCGUCACCGUGCUCAGCUUCGCUGCCAUCGCACUCGACAGGUACUACUCUGUCCUCUACCCUCUGGAGAGGAAGAUCUCAGACGCCAGGUCACGUGACCUUGUCAUCUACAUCUGGAUCCACGCCACCAUCGCCAGCGUACCCGUGUUCGCCUUAACCAACGUUACGGACGUGUAUGCAACAUCGUCCUGUUCCGACGCCCGCGCCCGCUCCCUGGGUCACAUGGUCUACGUGUUGACCUACAACGUAACCACGGUGAUCCUUCCGCUCGUUGUCGUUUUCCUGUUAAUGGUCCUGAUUCGCAGAGCUCUCAACGCCAGCCAGAAGAAGAAGGUGAUCAUCGCAGCAUUAAGAACACCUCAGAACUCCAUCUCCAUCCCUUAUGUCUCUCAACGCGAGGCUGAGCUACAUGCUACGUUACUGGCUGUGGUGUUUGCCUUCUCAGCCUGUAGCGCCCCCUAUGGGGCGUUGGUGGUAUACCGCACUCUUCUCGGGGACGGGGAGGACUUGUCCCCUUCUCUCCAUCUCACGGCCAUCUGGCUGCCCAAGGUGUCUCUCCUCACCAACCCUCUGCUGUUUCUGACGGUGAACGGCUCGGCUCGACGCUGCCUGUUUGAUGUUCUAGUCCGGGUACACAGGCGCUACAGCCGGCGUAACGUGGUCAGCACUGGGGAUCUGGGGCUGAGGGGCGAGGCAGGGUUGGGAGGGUCUGGGACCCUGGAGGGGUCUGCUCGCGCUGGGAGCCAGCUCCUGGAGAUGUUUAAUAUCGGACAGCAGCAGAUCUUUAGGCCGACCGAUGAAGAGGAGGAGGAGGUGGAGAAUGAGAGCCCUUCAUUAGGGUCAGGGGUGGGGGGCUGUCCUCAUCCCAACGAGAACCACCACCAGGCAGGGGGAGGAGGGGGAGGAGGGAGACAUGGAGGGAAGGUGGUUCUACAGAAAGAGACCGAACCAACCAGAGAGAGCGUCCCGGUAACUAAAGAACAACCUCCUCUCAUAUUGCCCGAGGUCUCACCUGUCCGUGCCUGUGCUUACACCUCCUCGUCACAGGUGGCGCCAGCAACCCCCACGGAGCCCGAGGACGCCACCCAGUUUGGGUUCGGGCCAUUCGAGCUGCCACCCCAGUGGCUGCCGGAGACCAGGAACAGUAAAAAGAGGCUCCUCCCACCGCUAGGGAACACCCCAGAGGAACUGAUCCAAACCAAACAGCCACGUCCAAGGCCAGAACGACGAAUCAGCAGGAACAACAAGGUCAGCACCUUCCCCACAUCGACCCCUGAACUAUAAACCCCGACCUUUGAACUGAUGGCCCCUGAUCACAGCUAUGGGCGGAGGUCAGCAUGUGGGUGAUUUGUGAUCCGUUUUGUGUCAAUGACUGGGUACAAAGUCAG